ACUAAUGCAGGGACGCAAGACAUUUUUUUUUUUUCUGCGGGAGGGGAAACACCUCUUCGGCACGGGGAAGGGAAGGGGGGGAGGGAGGAACCGAUGGGAUUUGCAGAAAUGGUAGGGAAGUUUUCAGUGAACCUCAACAAGCGAGAAAGGAAAGGGAAAAAAAUAAAAAAAUGUUUGACGUUGCAUACCAUCGUCAGCCACGAACUUCAACGGCCCUCGCUUCGCUGCGAAGAGACUCCGUGGGGGUCGUCGAGCAGCCCUCCCCCUCCCCCCCUUCCUAGCCGCCUCGGUCGGCCUCUGGAGCCAUGUACGCACGACGUCGGGUUCGACACUGGCGGAGCGCUUAAGUGUCAAGGACACAGAUCGGCACAGCAGUCUGGACUGGCUGUUGGGGUCACGACGGUCGUUCUUAGGCCUAGUGCGCUGAUUGCCUGGUACUUGGACCGCGGCAAAUGUUGUCAGGAUGAUGGCUACCCAAAGAAACCGACACCGGGCACAGAGACAGGGCGAAAAGACCAGCGAAGUGAAAGAGAAAAAAAACCCCCGACCAAAACGAAAAAAAGCUCAUAGGGGUGGAGCGGGAGAUCCGCAAAUGUGAGGAGAGAGCCCCAUCCAUGUUGGACGGUGAUCAUGCUAUGAUCACAUCUCACCAGAUCAGUCGAC